GUGUCGCUGUGCUCAGAUUUUACAAACUAUGUUUAGGUGUAUAUGGAUAUAAAAGGUUAUUAGAUUAGAAAACGUCUGGGAUUAGCGAAGGAUUUGUUACGGCAGAGAAGAACAGUGUGCAUAUUCUAAAGAAGAAGGAAACGGGAUUUGUUAAAGGGGGGUUUUAAAACAAAAAGUUAUUGCGCGAUAUUGGAUAUUACCUUGGAUUAGUAAAAAGCGUGGGAAUGGGGUUGCUGAAAAGCUCGUGUUUCACAGAUUGUGAUCGCUGUUUAUACAGACAAGCUCCUCACUGAGGCAGAUCAACUUCGGCUUCUUUUUGCACUACAUGCUGCUUUAAUAUAAAACAAAAAGUUUUCGAAAGUUUUGCGAAAAAGUGUUUAUAGUGAAAAUAAUGGUGGGCAGUGAUGAGGAGUUGGUUAUAUUUAGUGACAGUACUUGCGUUAUGGAGGAAGAGCUCAAAGAUUGAAUGCACAGAUUAUAUGGUCUGUUUUUAAGUGGUUUAAGAGAUUUAAGUACUGUAACAUUGUAACACUCUGGUGACUAAUGUGUGAGAAUAUUUUGUGUUUUCGCAGUUUGUAUAAAUACAGUUGCUGUUGUACUGUGGUAGUAAGUUGAUCACAGUUUUGUCUUCACUCUGUGAUUUACAUGUGACCUGGCAGGGAGAGAGAGAGAGAAAAGGGGAAGGGAUCUCACCCAAGUGAUAUAUUGAUGAUUCUACACUAGGGGACCAAUUACUUCACUGGAUGCCAGUGUUCAGAAAAGGACAAAAAUUUGUUACAACAAAUAUUGUAUAUUUAAAGGGGACCAACUUAUUGAACAUUCAUCAGCGGAUCAAAAGGACUUUAUAUUUUUCAGUGACAAUUUAGUGAGUUUUAAGGGACCAAUUAACUGAAUGGACAUAAUUGAAAGUAAAGGAGAUUAUAAGUGAAAUAUUUAUAACAUAUUGAAGGUGACCAAUUAAUUAUCAAAAAAGGUAUUGGACAUCAUAAUAGUGAUCACCUGUUAUUGAAAAAAAGGAAAGAAAACAUAUUGAAAUUAUUUGUGAUAAUUUUACUGUGAUAUUUUAAUUUGUGGGUUAUAUUUUUCAAAAGAAGAGGGACCAAUAACUGAGCAUAUAUAUGAUAUUUUUGUUGUGAAAAAAAUAUUAUUCUUAAAUUUUUGGAAGUGCUAGAAACAAAUAAAUAUAAUUAUCAAAUAUGAUUUGGAUAUAACAAAAGUAACGAUACAACACAGUCAAAGAAAAUGGAGCAUUUUCGAGCAACUUUUCGGAUUUAUGUGCUUCUUGUUAUAUGGUUCCGUGGAAUGAACUGUGAAGUGAAUAUAGAUGAUUGUAAAGGGCAUAAUUGUACAAAUGGUUCCACAUGCAUCGAUGGUGUGAACUCUUACACUUGCCAGUGUCCGCCAACACACAAAGGAACAUAUUGUGAAGAAGAUGUAGAUGAAUGCGAGAAACAGAUUUGUCUUAAUGGAGGAACGUGUAAAAAUAUAAAUGGCGGAUUUCUGUGUGUAUGUGUAAACGGAUGGACUGGGACCCAUUGCGAGGAAAAUAUCGACGACUGCAUUAACAAACCGUGUUUCAAUGGCGGAACUUGUAUAGAUCGUGUAGGAUACUUCUCAUGCGAUUGUCCUGUUGGAAGAACAGGUCUGCGCUGCCAUCUGGAUGAUGCAUGCUAUAGCAACCCGUGUAAAGGUAACGGGUCUCGCUGUGAAACUUCACCUGUGGACGGUACCCCGGUAUGUACCUGCGCUCCAGGCUGGAAAGGGGACGAUUGCGGUACCGACAUUAACGAAUGUAGCAUUGUUUAUGAUUUUCAACUAUGUGCACAUGGUGGUACGUGUGUGAAUCUUCCGGGAACGUUUGAGUGUGCGUGUCGUGGUGGCUUCACUGGAAGACGUUGCGAGGAAAACAUUAGAGAAUGCAUCUCAAACCCUUGCCAGAACUCGGGCACAUGUCUUGAUGACAUCAACAAGUUUAUGUGUGUUUGCAUGCCAGGGUACGAAGGACAAUUCUGUGAAAAAGAGAUUGAUGAAUGCGACAGCAAUCCGUGCCAGAAUUCUGGAGUUUGUACGGAUAUGGUUAACCAGUACAGAUGUGAAUGCAUGCCUGGUUUUGAUGGUAGACAGUGUCAGCACGAGAUAAACCGCUGCGUCGGGGACCCUUGUAAAAAUGGUGCCGUAUGCCGAACACAACUUGACACCUAUAUUUGUGACUGUGUCCAUGGUUGGACAGGAAGUCUUUGUGAAACAAACAUAAACGAAUGCUUUAAUAUCACGUGUGAUAACGGGGUGUGUAUAGACCAGCUAGGCGAUUACACAUGUAAAUGUAAUGGUGGAUACACUGGUCGAAUCUGCGAGACCGAAAUUGACGAGUGCGCUUCAGACCCGUGCCAAAAUGGCGGAACCUGCACUGAUUUUAUCAAUGGAUACGAGUGCAAAUGCCAGCGUGGAACGACUGGUCGGAAUUGCGAGUACAACCAUAAUGAUUGCAAUAGCAACCCGUGUAGGAACGGAGCUCGUUGUAACGAUCAUAUAAAUGAAUACACAUGCAACUGCCGUGCAGGAUUUAAGGGAACCCAUUGUGAAGUAAAUAUCGACGAGUGUUUGUCAAACCCAUGUGCCAAUGGUGGAACCUGCUUAGAUCGAGAGAAUGGUUUUAUUUGUCAAUGCCAAGAUGGUUACUAUGGUGAUUAUUGCCUUAGCAACAACAAUGAAUGUGCCAGUCAACCUUGUAUCAGAGGCUCGUGUAAAGAUGGUGUAAAUUCUUACUCCUGCGUCUGUGAAUUUGGCUUCGAAGGUUACAAUUGCGACCAACAGAUUAAUCAUUGUAAAAACAACCCGUGCCAGCAUUCCGGUACUUGCAUCAACAAUCUGGGCUACUACAAGUGUCAGUGUGCACCGGGAUACACAGGUACAAACUGUGACAUUAAUGUGAAUGAGUGUAGUAGCAAUCCAUGUAUAUAUGGCACGUGUCGCGACCUCAUUAACGACUACAUUUGUAUGUGUGACAUGCAGUACACCGGAAGGAACUGUGACACUAAACUUGAUCCCUGUACACCAAACCGGUGCCGAAACAAUGCUAAGUGUGUGCCACAGGGCAACUUUACAGACUAUUAUUGCAAUUGUUCGGGCUAUGGGUUCCAAGGUCGGCAUUGCGAGAUAGAUGUAAACGAGUGUGCCCAGUGCCUGUACGGUGGAUCGUGCCCGUGUAAACACGGUACUUGUGAGAAUACACACGGUUCGUACAGAUGUAAAUGUGACAAUGGGUAUACAGGAGCUCAAUGUGAAAGUGACAUUAAUGACUGCUAUCCCAAUCAUUGCCAAAAUGGAGGAAUCUGCAAAGACAAAAUUGGUGGUUACACUUGCGAUUGUCCACAAGGAUUUAACGGGUCACAUUGCGAGUACGACAUCGAUGAAUGCCUGUCACAGCCAUGUAGGAACGGAGCAGAGUGUAAGGAUUACGUCGACUCGUACACGUGUACGUGUCUUCCUGGAUUCAGCGGCUUUAACUGCGGGAAUAAUGAUAACGACUGUACAAACAGUUCAUGCUUGAAUGGCGGAACUUGUAUUGACCGAGUCAACUCCUAUCAUUGCGACUGCCAGCCUGGAUACAAGGGAAGUAACUGUGAAACGCGUAUCAACCCGUGUGAAGAGAAUCAAUGUAUGAACGGUGCAACUUGUAUCAAUAUGCCCAAUGGCCAACACUACUGUCAAUGUCCAAUCGGAUUCCAGGGACCCAUGUGCGAGGGCUUCGUUGAUUACUGUAGUACUCAGAUAUGUUUGAAUGGCGGUAGAUGUUCCCAGGUUGCCAAUAACUACAGGUGUGACUGUACACCAGGUUAUACCGGAAAGGUAUGCGAUGUCAGGAUGGUUACAUGUGCCGUUGCUGCUCAACUUAGAAAUACAACAGUGUCUGCUCUAUGUAAGAAUGGCGGUACAUGUCAUAAUGAGGCUGGAACUCAUCGCUGUGUCUGCAGUGACGGUUUCCAUGGUAGUUAUUGUGAAAAUAUAUACGACCAUUGUAGAUCCGUACCUUGUCAAAAUGGCGCACAAUGUCAUAAUCUAGGUAACGACUACAGAUGUAACUGCAGUCAUGGGUUCAUGGGACGUAACUGCGAGAUCAACAUUAAUGACUGUGCCAACCAACCUUGUGCAAAUGGCGGGAAAUGUCAUGAUCUGAUCAGCAAAUUCAUCUGCUCAUGUCCACCUGGGACGUCUGGUUAUUUAUGCGAUAUUAACCACGAUGAUUGUUACGAAGGUGCAUGUCAUCAUGGAGGGAAAUGUGUUGACCAGGUCGGUGGUUUUGAAUGCAGAUGUCCGGCGGGUUAUGUAGGUCAACGUUGCGAAGGCGAUGUAAACGAGUGUCUGUCUAACCCCUGUAAUCCACUCGGAACACUCAGCUGUGAACAACUUUUAAAUGACUAUACAUGCCAUUGCAAGCAAGGCUAUACAGGUCGUCACUGUAUGACCCGUAUCAACUUUUGUGAAGAUAGCCCAUGUAAAAAUUAUGGUCUUUGUAUGAACUCCGAUGCCGGACCUACCUGCAGAUGUCCAAAGGGCUUCACUGGUACUUUCUGCGAGAAGAUCGCCACACUAUGUGACGAGAUAGAAUGUCAAAAUGGCGGGAAAUGCGAGGUCAUUGGAAAUACUUACAGAUGUAACUGUCCGUACGGAUGGACGGGAACGACUUGUAAUGAAAAUAUCAAUGAAUGUUCAUCGAGCCCUUGUCAGAAUGGUGGACAAUGCCUGGAUAACAAAGGAUACUACGAGUGUCUAUGUCCACGAUACUUCACAGGCGUUCAUUGCGAGUUUAUGGACAAGGCUGUUACCGCCGGUAUAGGUAAACCGACCAAGGUCACACCAUCUCAGCCAUUUUUUCCACCUCAGUGUGUUGCCAAUAACUGUGAGGCUAAAGCUGGGGAUGGAAAAUGUGAUUUUGAGUGUAAUAUUCCAAUAUGUGACUACGAUGGAUAUGACUGUUCUUUCGAGUCUCGACCUUGGAAGAACUGCGACAAACCUCGAGAUGGCGUACUCUGCUAUAACGUGUUUAACGACAGCAAAUGUGAUCCACAGUGCAAUACUGAGGAAUGCCUGUAUGACGGGUUUGACUGCGAGCGUUCUCUCGGAGCCUGCAAUCCUCACUAUGAUACGUACUGUAGCCUUGUGUAUGCCAAUGGCGAAUGUAACCCGGGAUGUGACACGGCUGCAUGUAACUGGGAUGGACUUGAUUGUAACCAUGACGAAGAGAAGCUAGCAACCGGAAGUCUCCUUAUUGUGGUUGGUGUACCGCCAGAUGAAUUCAUCAAAAUGUCAAACGAAUUCUUACGUAAACUAGGAAAACUUCUAAGGGCGGUUCUGUACAUAAAGAAGGACAAAAAAGGUGAAGAUAUGGUAUACCCUUGGAAUAAGGAUGACAGUACAAGCGGAGGUCGUUUAAGACGAGCAUUGGGCACAAGCGACUUAAAUCAAGGUGUAACCUCAUCCAGCGGGUCUCAACCUGAAGGAACUAUAGUACAUUUACUGAUUGACAUUCAGCCAUGUUUGAAGUAUGGGCUACAUGAAUGUUUUGACAGUUGCCAGUCGGCUGCAGAAUUUGUGGCGGCAGCUCUCAAUAACGGAUGGCAAGGAGCACUCCCUAUUGUAAAAGCUAAUUCUGAAGGCACAAAUGUUGACCCUGGUAGUGAAAAUGUUGGUGUUUCAACAGUCAUGCUGGUAUUACUUGCCGUGGGUGCGGUCAUGAUACUUAUAGUGGUUAUCAUAGUUGUGAUAGGGCGUAAACGAGCAAGGGGCAUAACUUGGUUCCCUGAGGGUUUCUUUAGUCGAGGUAGUGAUGCCGGGGCCACAGCUCGGUCUUCAAAACGACAUGGACCCGACGGAGGCGAGGAAAUGAAGCAUAUUGGUAAGGGCUCUAUGGAUAAAGUAGACAGUAAUGAUAACAAUACACUAGAUGAUUGGGAUAUGCACCAUCCUGCAAAAAAGAUUAAGAUUGAGCAGAGUGGUGAGUCCACGACAGACCCCUGUGAUACACGGCAAUGGACAACACAGCACCUUGAAGCUGCAAAUGUACCUAGAACUACCGAACAUUUUGAAUCAGCCAUUGCUAAUAACUCCUCAAUAAUGGCUCUUACCCCACCAACUGGUGAUGAAAUGGACUCUAAAGAUGUAGAUGUGAGAGGGCCAGAUGGUUUUACUCCGCUAAUGUUGGCUUCUAUUCGUGGUGUCGGUCUCGACACAGGUGAUAAUGAAAGUAGUGGUUCCGGUACAACUACAUCUGGUGAUAGCGAGGAGUCUAGUGAAAAUUCUCCAGAAAUCAUACGCAGCUUAUUAAUGCAGGGAGCAGCAAUUAAUGCUCAGACAGACAGAACUGGUGAAACUUCUUUACACCUUGCCGCACGUUACGCUCGAGCAGACGCUGCCAAGGCAUUGCUUGAUGCUGGAGCAGAUCCAAAUAACCAAGAUGCAGGGGGAAGAACUCCUCUCCAUACUGCAGUAGCUUCAGACGCUCAAGGUGUUUUCCAGAUUUUAUUAAGAAAUCGUUCAACCAACCUGAAUGCCAGGACACACGAUGGUACAACCCCGAUGAUACUUGCUGCACGUCUUGCUAUAGAGGGCAUGGUAGAGGAAUUGAUAAAUGCUGAGGCAGAUAUAAAUGCCAUGGAUGAAUAUGGAAAGACAGCUUUGCAUUGGGCGGCAGCUGUAAAUAAUGCCGAGGCAACCCUCGUCUUGUUACAACAUGGUGCCAACAGGGAUGCCCAAGAUGUUAAGGAUGAGACUCCAUUGUUUCUGGCUGCGAAGGAAGGGAGUUAUGAAACAGCGAAGAUUUUGUUGGACCACUAUGCUAAUCGUGAAAUCACAGACCAAAUGGAUCGUCUACCUCGAGACAUUGCUGCCGAGCGCAUGCAUCAUGAUAUUCUUAAUAUGUUAGAUGAGUACCGCGUUACUUCACCAACCGCAUUGCAAUUACAUAACGGACUUCCAACUUCUCCGAAUGGACUUCAUGCAUUUAUGCACCCACAUAAAAAUAAAAGCAAACAAAGGAGAAAUAAAAAUAACGGACAAUUAAAGGACCACUUAUCUUAUUCUCCGGAUGGACAUAAACCUACCGCUAAAAAGAGUAAAAGUAAAAAAUCGAAAGCCAGAAAUGGCCAUAUUCAAAAUAGCGAGGGCUCGCCAGGUGUUGAAUCCCCGCGGGAUAUGACUCCGCCUACUUAUGACAAUGUUUGUGGAUCAAUGAUGGGUAUGGUGCGUGCACAAAUGAACGGACUUGAUGAAGUGACUGUUAGUUGUGCACAAAUACCAAGUCAUAUGGACGACCAUUGUGUUAUGUCUAAUCACUAUAAAAAUGACUCUGUAAUGGAGCAACAUCAUCGGAAUAUGGAGAUGAUGAAUAAUGAAUGGAUGCAAAAUCAACAACAACAUCCGAUGUCACAGUCGCCCUUAGCGACAUCAUCUAUCCCAACUCCCCCUUCCAGUAACCCAUCUCACAAUAGUCCAUUGAGCAUGGACGGUAAACUCUCUCCAAUGAAGGGAAAAAUGCUCCCUACAUCACCGCCUCAUUACUUAGCUAUGCAAAACCAAGCACAACGAAAUCGUCCACAAAAAAGUCCCCAUCAUUAUCAUAUUGACAAUUUUCCAUUUGAUCAACAAGCACAAAAUCCAAUGGAUAACACCCAUCAUAACAUGCAGCCUUAUACCAUAAUGUAUGAUAAUCAUCACCGUCAAAAAGUUACCACACCGAUGCAGAUUCAGCACGUCUCACAGUACCCCACCCCUCCAUCACAACAUAGUUAUCUUGGAUCAGACGCCACCCCACCGCAAGGCCUUACAGCACUUCCAGAAAAUAUACUUACACCAUCGCCUGAUUCACCGGGCCAUUGGUCCAGCUCAUCACCACAUUCUGCACAUUCUGAUUGGUCAGAGGGUAUCUCAAGUCCAGUGCCUCCAAUUGGUCAACAGCCAAUGAAAGGACGGAGUCAUGUUUCAAAUGAUGCCGUGUUUAUCUGAUUAAAAAGUCAAAGGCAUUCUGAGGGAAUAUUUGCAAAUGAACAAAAGUUAUGAAAGUUCCCUUGAUAAAGGGGAACAUAAGUGUAUGUUGCACUCAUUUAAUCGUCAACAUUUUACAUGUUGGGACUACUUUUUGUGCUCAUGAAUUUCAUAACAAUAUUGGUGCAAGAGUAUUCUGUGUCUGUGAUGUGUUAAUACAUAUGGGAACUCGGUAUAUAAGUGAAAAUAAAUGUUAUACAUUUUCUGAGGUGACUUCAUGUGGAACUACUGUUUUUAUCCCAAAGUUUGAUUGUGUGUUCAGUGAUAAACAAGUACAUGUAAUAACAAAGAAAGAUUAUUAACAUUUUAUAAUGUGUAAUGGAGGUAUAGACAGGGUAUGUAAAUUUUUCACAAAAAUAGUGUAAGAAAUGUGAAAAAUAUAGUACUAAUGAAACUUAAAAAUGUCAUCAUAUUUGAUGGGCAUUAGAUAUUUAUUGAACUUGAUUGGCUUAAAAGUGCAUUUAAAAAGACACUUAACAGAUUAGCUGGAGUGGACACAAAAAAUUCAAAGUGCUUUUAUUAUGUAACUAUAUAUAUGUACAUUGUAGACGGUCAGUAAAUGCACAGAUUUUUUUUAUAUUUUAUUAUCUAAUUUCUAUUUUUUAAACAAACAGAUUGGAAGUAUAUUGUAUUUUUACUCUCUGUAUCCCACCAUUGACUCAAGAUAUUUAGAGAAGAUUUUAUUAUCUGCAAUGUUUUUAUGUACAUUUUUGUUUGUUUGUUUUAAUAUUACUGUGCAACACAAUUUUUAAGUGCUUAUUUUUUGUGUUAGGCUGUACAUUUGCUUUGUAUUAAAACAUGAGAUUCCCAUUGAUCUCAAAGCAUGUAAACAUCGAUGAAUACAUCAUCAUCAAGAUCAUCAUCUUCAGUAUCAUCAUCAUCAUUAUCAUCAUCAUCAUCAUCAUAAUUUUAUCAAGACUAAAGAAAAAACAUUUUUUUCUAUCUCCAACCAUUUCUGUUUUCUUUAUUUAGACAAACAUCAUUCAUAUAAAUGUUUGUCAUUUUGGUAAAGAUAAUAUCAUCUGUAAUUAUUUUCAUUUUACAUUAUCAUCAUAAGACAUUGAUCCCUUCUCAGAGGUCAUUGUAAAGGUCAAGGUCAAUGCCUUUCAUCAGUCUUCAUUUCAUGUUAUUAUCCUAAGACAUUGCUCUCUUCCCAGAGGUUAUUCUAAAGGUCAAGGUCAUUGUCAUUAGUCUUCAGAUAACAUCAUUAUCUUAAGACAUUGCUGGCUUCUCCUAGGUCAUUAUAAAGGUCAAUGUCAUUGCCUUCUGUUAUCAAUAUUCAUUUUACAUUAUUAUCAUAUUCAUAAGACAUUGUUCAAUUCUCAGAGGUCAUUCUAAAGGUCAAAGGUCAUUGUGAUGGUAUUAUAUUUGUCAUCGCAAAGUUGGAGCGAUGAUUCCAUGGGUCCAAAACUUGCAUGAUGUAUAAAAAUUGUACAAUAAACUGUAGAAUAUAAUGUAUAUUUGAUUUACUGUACUUUAAAACAAAUCAAGGGAUGUAACUCUAUGGUCUCAUAGCCUCUAUUAAAUUUUAGAAAAAAAAAGAUUAAAAAAAAAAUCAGGGAAACAUUUAAAUGCUUUUUUAUACAAAAAUCAACAAUUCAAUAGAUUUUUCAUUUUUUGACCACAAAAUCAAAUUUUUAUUGACAGCUACAUUUGAGUGAUACUUUUUGCGUUUUUUUGUAAAUAAAGGUUUAAUUAAGCAAAUUAAAACAUUAAGAUGCGCAUAGAGUUUAAAUAAAGGGAGAUAACCAGAUAUGAAACUAGCUUGUAUGAAAAUGAUGUUAAAUUUUAUUUGCUUUAAAAAGAUUUUUUUUGUUGCAUCAAUGGAUAGAAUAUAUUGAUUUAAACAGAGAUGUAGAUUUUAUCAAUAUAUCUGAUUUAAAGCUGCCCAUUUCACAUUUAGAAAAUUUCAAGCUGCAAAAAAAUAGAAAAAGAUCUUAUUCUUACCUUUCUCUUGGGUUUCUUUUUUCAAAGACUUCCAAACAAUUAUGUGUAUUCAGCUUUAAUAUGUAAAUUGAUAAAAUGUUAUUUAAAAUGUAUGCUAUUAUUUAGAAUUUUUUUUUUCAAAUGGGAUAAAACUAAGUGAAAGGGUAGCUUUAAAGUUCUAGGGUAGAGCUUCAUAGCCUGAGAGUGACAAAGGCAUUUUUUAUGCAAAAGCCAGCUUCAUAAUUCAAGAAUUAAAUUUUUGUAUUUCUGCAUAAUGUACAGUUACUGCCAACACAUUUUUUAAUUUGCCAAAACAAUGCAUUUACAUUGUAUUUUAUGCCCCCUUUUUAUACAAAAUUUUCUGAGAUCAAAUUUGUUUUCAUAUAUCAUUUUUGCAAUAAUUAAGCCAAAAUGAACAACUUUAAUCCUGCACACCUCUAGGUAAAUGCUAAUUUCAAUCAAAAUCUAUGAUUAUAUAUUUUUAUUUAUUUUGAUAUCUUAUUUCUCCAAAAAUUAGUUUAAAAAAGCUGGAGGUGAGUAGGUUUAGGAAUUAUACAUGAAGCAUGGAAAUUUAUUGUUUUUGAACAAAAAUAUUUUCUCUCAAGGGUACAAAAUGGGAAACAUGUUGAAAUCCUGGUAUUUAUUCAUGCUUCUUCCUUCAGUAUUUGUAAUUUCAGACAUUCAAGUUUGAUUGACAAUUUCUUUCUUACUAUUUGUGUCCCUUUAAAUUGGUUUAAAUUUAAAUAUAUUAAAUGAUGUACUAUAUUAUAGCUCUUUAAUCUUUAUGAUGUUUUAUUUUUUUUUUUGCCUCAGACUUAGGCUACAAAAGUAAAUGAGCCGUGUCAACCCAUUAUGUUGGUUUUGUCGUGGCGCGGCUCAAAUAUUAUAUAUUCAAGAUGUAUAAUGAAAAUGCUUCAAAAGCUCAUUUUAUUUUUAGCUUCUUUUUUUUCAAUAAAAAAAAAUUAAAAUCUGUUAUGAACAGUUUAUAUAGUAUACAAAUUAUAAAAUACCUUCAUACUUAUUGACUUGGUCAUUAUCUAGAUACACCAUAAUGCUUCAUUGUAUAAGAGUCCAUAUUUUUCUAUUUUUAGAUCUAUAAAUUGUGACCUCAGCAUAAGGCUAUUGUUACUGUUUUCUGCAUUUCGUAUGUAGGGUUCAGUGCGCUAGCCGGAUGUCAAGGUUACAUCGUGUACAGGUAGAUAUAUUUUAUAAUACACAUGUACAGAAAGUAAAAAUUUGACAAUUUUUAUUAUUUUAUUUGUAUUUUUUUUCUUUGUACAGAAUAGUCUCUUGUUAUAGGGCAUAUUUUAUUUAUAUAGAAAAUACAAGGUAGUAAACAGGGAAAAUUUUAUCCGCUGAUAAAAGCAUCAGUUCAAGGUCAUACAAAAGUUGAAAAAACAAUUUUAGGAUUUGGCAACCAGUCUUAAAGUGGAUCUUGAAUUUGGCCAACCAGAGUUCUUUUUAAAAUUGAUUGCAGUUGGCCUUGUAAUGCAAUUUUACCUUCGAUCAAGAGUUCAACUUCCUAACAAUAUUGGUUACUAUCUUUAGAUAUAAACACAUUUUGCAAUUUACUGUACGCAUACAUGUACAUGUAUGAAGUUGCAUACAUGUACAUGUAUGAAGUUCAAAUUCCUGUAUUUUGUGAUUUUUUUUAAUUGAUAAUAUUUGGCAUACACUUCAAAGUUUGGAUAUAAUAGAUAAAUGUAGAUAACAAGCAUAUUCUUUGUGGAGGGGGAGAAAUGAGAUAAAUAUUCACUUUAUCUGUCGAUUUUUACUUGAUACAUGUAUCUGCGGAGUAACAAUUACAAAAAUACUUAAAAAACAUAAAAUAAGAUUUAAUAAGAUUUGGUGCAAAUUUGUUUUUUUUCCCUAUAAAGCACUUGAAUAUAUCAUAUAUAUACAGGUUUUUAAACAAUUUAAUUCAAAUAUUUUUAAAUAACAAUAAUUCAAAUUGAAACUUACCUGGUAUUGUAGUAUUGUUACAUUGCAUUGACUUCAACUUUGUACGAAAAAAUAAAAAAUACAUUGCAUUGCAAUACUUCACUGUUUCUGUUAGAAAAGUAUGUUUGUGUAACUGUUUACUUUUUUACUGUCAAUAUAUAUACAUGUACACAAAACAGUGAACCAGGUAUAAGGUGCAUAUUGAUUAAAUUAUACUGGAUGACAAAAUACAUGUGCACAGUUUUAUUUUUACCUUGUUCACUGUUUUUUUGACUGACGAUUUAUACUGAACAGUGAACAGUUGUGUAAUAAAGGUACAUUAUUUACGUUACAUUAGACGACAAGUUACAUGUGCACAGUUUUAUUUUUACCGUGUUCACUGGUUUUUUACUGUCGGUAUAUACUAAACAGCGAACAAUAUGUGUAAUUAAGGUGCAUUAUUUACGUUACAUAGGUGGACAGUUUUACAAAGUAGUGUCCUGAUAAACGUGUUUAAUUUUUUUUCUGUGUUCACUGUUUAUUUGUGUUUGUAUCACGAUCCAAACAGAUGUCAUUGUUUCAUACAUUUGUAUAUUAAUGCCAUAUUGACAUGAUAUUUAACUAGUUAAUAAAACGUCUCAUCAAUGUC